AUGGAGACUUCGCAGUGGGAUGCAGAAUCAAAGUCCCUCAAGAGGCCAGGGAGACCAUUGGGAAAGCUGAACCACAGUACUGUAGAAACAUAUCCGAAUUUGACCCCAUUUCCCAAGGUUUUGGUCCUUCUCUCACCGCAUCCAGGUGUCACCAUCAGUUCAGGAAUCAGGCUCACUGAUGCUUUCACAUCCUAUUUUGUGGAAAGUCUUGGAGAUGCGUUUUCCACACCUUCUAGCUAUGAUGAGUCAUUUGGUGAUGGGCACCACUCGGUGUGGCAUGAAUUGAAGAGCUGGAGCUGGGUCCCAGCCGUAACUGAAACCGUGUCAUGUGUUUUCUUUAGUAAGAUAGCCUUGUACCUCAUGCCAGAUUCUGCCCUGAUACUCAGUGAGACAAUGAGAAUCAUGUUCAUUGACUCAACUGGAGGGCCCUAUGCAUCUCUGGUGUCUGAGAUGGAGAUGAUGAAAGUUAUUGGCAAGCACAAGAACAUUAUCAACCUGCUGGAAACCUGCACAUAGGGUGGGCCAUUGUCUGUGCUGAUGGAGUAUGCAGCCAAGAGCAACCUCCGGGAGUUCCUGCGGGCACAAAAGCCCCUAAGCAUGGAAUAUUAUAGUGCCUCCAGGCUGCCAGAAGAACAGCUUACCUGCAAAGAUCUAGUGUCGUGUGCCUAUCAGGUGGCCCAAGGUAUGGGGUACCUGGCUUCUCAGAAGUGUAUUCACAGAGACUUGGCUGCCAGAAACGUGUUGGUGACUGAGGACAAUGUGAUGAAGAUUGCAGAUUUUGGCUUUGCCCAUGAUGUGCACAAUCUGGAAUACUAUAAGAAGAGCACAAAUGGCCGGCUACCUGUGAAGUGGAUGGCACCAGAGUCCCUGUUUGACCGAGUCUACACCCACCAGAGUGAUGUGUGGUCCUUUGGAGUCCUGCUCUGGGAGAUCUUUACACUGGGAGACUCACCAUAUCCUGGCAUCCCAGUGGAAGCUUUCAAGCUAUUGAAAGACAGCUACCACAUGGACAAGCCUGUCAACUGCACACAUGACUUGUAUACCUGGACCUAUCAAUGCCUUUUGAGAAGAGCUUGCCAGGUGAUGAGGAUACCAGGAGCCCCAGUUCCUUAG